GGGAUGACAGGGGCACAGAGAGAGAUACGGAGAGAGACUGAAGGACAGAGAGAUACAGAGAGAGACUGAAGGACAGAGAGAUACAGAGAGAGACUGAAGUACAGAGAGAUACAGAGAGAGACUGAAGGACAGAGAGAUGCAGAGAGAGACUGAGGGACAGAGAGAGACUGAAGUACAGAGAGAUACAGAGAGAGACUGAAGGACAGAGAGAUACAGAGAGAGACUGAGGGACAGAGAGAGACUGAGGGACAGAGAGUGAGUCAGAGCCUAAGACACAGGCAGAUCCCAGGAUACACUGAGAUUAUGACUGUGAGACACGCAGGGACAGAUCUGACUACAACGACUGCGACUCUGAGUGAGGAACUCCUCUGAGUCCGGCAGCACCAGCGAUGCUGUGGACAGGCAGCCAAACCUCCUGGGCUAGUGUUUCACAGCUUGUGGUGUCACGCAAGACAGCAGAGCCUGGGAAGUGACAGGGAGUCACCCCUGGGGAACAGGAACCAGCUCGGGUCAGGCACGGCUUCUGGUCGGCCACGUUAACAGAUCCAUCCACCUCUGCUGAAUACAGACUGAAGCGGGGCCACGUCACCAUGGAGAUUUCCUCCUCCCUCUCGUCUGGGAACACAACAGCCAGACCCCCCAGCAACAUCUCCCUGCUGCCCUCAGAACCGCCCUUCCUGAAAAAGCUAGCCCACCUGGACAAGCGCCUCUACAACGACUUCUACAGCGUGUGGAUCGCCCUGGUGGUCAUCAACAUGCUGAUCUUCGUGGUGGGCCUGGUCCUGAACAGCCUUGCCCUGUAUGUCUUCUGCCUGCGCACCAAGCCCAAGACCACCUCGGUGGUGUACACCAUCAACCUGGUGGUGACGGAUCUGCUGGUGGGCCUGUCGCUGCCCACGCGCAUCAUCCUGUACUACAGUGGGGGGAAAUGCCUGGUCUGCUCCUAUGUGCACAUCUUCAGCUACUUCGUGAACAUGUACUGCAGCAUCCUGUUCCUCACCAGCAUCUGCGUGGACCGCUACCUGGCCAUCGUGCAGGUGGAGGCCUCCCGUAAGUGGAGGAGCCCCAGCGUAGCUAAGGCCAUCAGCGCCUGCAUUUGGCUCUUCGCCUUUGUGGUGACCUACUCCUCCUUGACCACUGCCCUCAAGCAGGGUGCCUGCUGCCUGUCCAAGCUCUUUGCGCUCACUGUCUUCGAGUUCUUCCUGCCACUGGUGGUCAUCGCAGUGUUCACUGUGCGCAUCACCUGCGCCCUGGCCGGGCCGCGCCUCAUGCAGCAGAGCCGCGAGCGGCGGAUGCGGGCGGUGCAGCUGCUGCUCACCGUGCUGGUCAUCUUCACUGUCUGCUUCACGCCCUUCCACGUGUGCCAGGUGUUGGUGUACUUCUACCCGGACAUGCCGCACCACGUCAUCGUCUACCAUGCCACCGUCACCCUCAGCAGCCUCAACAGCUGCAUGGACCCGGUCGUCUACUGCUUCGUCACCAACAACUUCCGCGCCACGAUGAGGGCCAUCUUCCGCAAGGCGGAGCCCGAGCACACCAGCGGCGACGUCAUCAGCAUGCAGCGCAGUUCCCGGGGGUCCAGGGGCUCGGGGGCGGGCUCACCGGCCGCCAACGCCCACGGUGUGAAGCUGACGGAGCAGAAUGCGCCCCAGCAGGGCAGCCUACCUGCCUGAAAGACUGCAACAAUUUAGGGCUGGACUUUGGCAGUGUAGCCAGACAUCUGUAGAGA